GUGUUCUACGCCUUAAAGCUACUAUCAUCUGUGCUGUCGGUCGUUGGGGUCAGUAACGCAGUACCCCAGUGAGAGUCAUGGAAUCCAUCGGCGAAGAAGCGAUGCUAAAUGUUAUUGAAAACUCUUCUGACAAGUACUUUUGCACACUCUGUUCUCCUGUCUACUCUGUUCGCUCAAAUGAAUCACAUGGCUUAGAAAUACAUAUCAGGUCUGCUCAUCCGGAAAGUAGAAGUCUUCGUUGUAUUUAUUGCUCUGAAUUGGUCCCGUCAGUAUCGAUUUCAAAACACAUUGACACACAUUUUUGUCUAGUAGAUACUCAAAAUCUACCUUUUAUGUGUCCUUGUUGUCCUAGAUCGUACGGUACUAUGAAAGCACUUGCUCAACACGCCUUAAGCCUCCAUGAUAUUGAUAGAAACGAUGUGUUUUUCAAAUGUGGCCAUUGUGAUAAACCAAUGAACUCACCUACGGAGUUAAAAACACAUCUUCGCAAAUAUUCACUUAUUAUGUUUCACUGUUGCUUCCCUAAUUGUCGUAUUAAGUCUAAAAAUGUGGAAGUAAUAAAAAAAACACUCACUCAAUUUUCAUGGUACCAACAGUCCUCUUGUGACUACAACUUAUUCGUUUAUGUGUUCCUGGCCUUCUUCUGUACGACCGAUUCGUAUUCAAGCGCAUUCUCCCGACAUUACGAAAUUAAGCCGCCGUGUCCCAUCAACAUUUUUCUGUGCACAGUGCUCAUUUGGUACCUCUCACCUGGAAAACUUUGCUCAACAUUUAGCAGUUUGCCGAGCUAUUUCCUCUCAUUUGCUCAUUACUUCUCUAUCGGUCACCUGCGUUCUUCAUCGUUGUUCUGAAUGCGGCUGGAUGACCAACGUUCGUAACAUGCUAACAGAACACUUACAUGAUAUGCAUCCCUUGCUUAAUGAGGAUGACGGGGUUAUCACUGAAGACUUCACAGUUCCUAUAUCGGAUGAAUCCAUUACUGAAAACUAUAAUUUCAUUAGCAAAAAUAUGGAGACUUUACGCAAUUCCCCACUUCAACAGCUUCCAAAUCUUUUCUCAUCUGGGAAUCCAACUUUGCUCCAUAGUAACAAUGGGCCUACUUUACGCAAUGAUCUCCCAUUACUUUGUUCAACCGCUUCCAAUCAUCCAGUUGAAAUUACAAAACAUUUAUCAAGUGCUCAUGGCCCAUCAUCGAUUGAUAGUUGUGAAGCUGAUGAAAUAGGAGAUAAUGAAGAGCAUAUAGGUGUCGAAGGUGAUCACGAUGGACUGAAGAAGCCGGAAAAAGACAUGAAUCUCAACAAUAUGUCUAUCACCUCUAAUUUACCUACUGAUAUAACUGAUUCUAAGCAGGAAAGUGUCACCGAAACAACUGCAGAGGAAUAUGUACAGCUAUAUUUUAAUGAGCAAGCAUUUGUCACUGCUUAUAUGAAAAACGAAAAAUUUAAUAAUCCUAAUAAUGAUACUACAAAUGAUGAACUAAACGGUGUCCUUGAAAAGUUGCGUCGUUUCGCCAGUUAUCGUGUUCCUAUUCUCGGUCGUGCGAAUCAGCGUCGUGUUGCUGGUUGUCCGGAAUGCUUGAAACCAUUCAAUCAUGGUUUCACAGACCUCAAGAAACAUCUUCUGAUAACUCAUCUUGGUGUUCGCCGUGACAUAUCUCGUUUUACCAUUGAUUUUACUCAUUCCGGUAGGAGCCAUCACAGCGGACUACCUAGUCAGACUAACAACUCACUUAUUAAUUCUGGUAAUUCACCCCAGUCAAAACACUCUUUUGGAAUUCGAAAUGGACGUCUUUCUAGCAAGGCGUUCCGUCGGAAACCCUUCCCAAUAUCACCGCUCUCUAAUCCUCUUUGUAAACGUCCGACACCGGGUAAGUACGAAAAUUCCCAAAAUUCUCCAACAGAACCACUGGCUACUGUUUCCUCUGAUGGUCUUCCAACCUUAGUGACUUCUGGUUCUUCCUAUUCGGGUGGUGCUCCAGUUCAUCGAGUUAUCCCAGGGACCGGUGUCUCUGAUCAUUAUGAAGACAUGCGGUCAUUAGAAGAGGUUUCUGCUCAAGCUCCCAUUGGUAGAGGUGGUAUUGUUCCUCUGGACGAAAUGGGUAAUCCAAUCGUUGCUGCUGUUGUCGCUGCAGGUCAACCCCAAGCGUCCACCUAUUCAGGUGGUACAGAAAUCUUUCUCCCUAAAAUUGGACGUCAGCGCGUUCAGUUGGCAUAUUCAUUCCCAGUAUUCAAUCGUUUACUAGAAGCUUAUCAAGUCCCGAUGCCAGAACGAAUUCAACUUGUCAAUCGUAUGAACCACUAUGCUCGAAUGCAUGUCAUUAUGGAUGUUCUAGUUCCUGGUGGAGCACAAAAACGUUUUUCUUGUCCGACUUGCAUGUACACUUCAGUGCACUCAUUAGCCGAUAUUCGCAAACACAUUAUGGGUUCUCACUGUGGCAUUUCUACUAAGCGUUUCAGACUCUGUCUUCGGGCUUCUAGACAUGAUACUACAACAUAUCGUUUGCAUUCAGAUGACAGGAUGAUUCGGUUCGUUGAAGAUCAUAGACGAAGACAAAUACAACUAACCGAUACAAGGUCAACCCUUAAAGUUACUUCGACUGAUAGUGAUGCCGAAGAAAUAAAGGAGGAUUCAAAUGAGACUUAUUCUCAAGUAAUGAAUGAUGAAAAUAAUCAAUUCUCGAAUGAUUUUACGAAGUCUCAGGUAUCACUCAAUGAUCAAGAAGAAUUAGAAACACAAACUAUUGAGACAGAUCUGUACGACGAUAGUCAUCAGGAAGGGGUUCAUGGUGCUGAUGAAGAAAGUGAUAAUCGUUUUCUCACUGCUAACGUAAAUCUAAACUCGGAGGAUUAUUUCGUCACUCCAACCAAAACUCAAGAUAACCUUAAUGUAGUUGCUAGUGAUACUCCUAAUACCUAUUCGGAUGAAAGUAUUAAGCAAAACGAGGAGGUCCACCGUCGUAUUGAAUUACCUUUCUCAGAUAAUGUACUACGUGUUUUGUUGGAGCGAGAGGGUAUGUUUGAUCAGUACGAUGAUUUAGUAGUCAAGAUGCAAGUCUAUUCGAAGCAUCAUCUUACUGUUGUUUCACGGGGAAAUCGAAUUUACUCAUACAUUUGUAUAUGUGGACGUCGUUUUGCGGUUGUUCGCGAUGAAGUUGAGAGCGAUAUUAGACCAGCCAGCCUAGCCGAUUGCAGACGUCAUAUUCUGGGAGUGCAUGCCAGGAUUCCUCAAGAACUACUAACGUUAUGUUGCCAAGCGUCUCGUAUUUCUAAAGAGUCUGGAUAUAAGCUCUAUGCUGAUACUUCUCUUUUGGCAUUGGCUGAACAACACAAAUUUCGAAGCACACGAAUUCAGAGUUAUAGUCGUAAAUCAGAAGGUGGGAUAUCUCCAACUAAACGUCCUUUAGAACCUAUCAUACCCAAUGAUAUAGAAGGAAUUCCGGAGUUAUCUGUAUCUACCAGUUCCAUUAGUUCAGUUAAUCAACGAUCAACCACAUCUUACUCGAGCAUGGGUUUCAAUCAUUCUGCACCUAGCCAAAUAGCCUUACAUCAUUCAUCUUCAUAUUCCUCAAACCAUCCUUUACCGCCCAUGUUGCGUGCUCCAAGUGUAAAGUAUGAAUUAAGUGAACCAGAUGAGUCACCACCCUCAGAGUAUAACAGACUAAAUGGUAAAACGUCAUCUAAUACGAAUUCUACAAGGUCUCCAGAACCAAACCCUUACGUAUUCGAAGAAAGACACAAUGGCCUGGACCUAGAAGCUCCUCGUCGUAUACUUACUCCUGAAGAGUCUAUUUCAUGGAGUCAAAAGUUAGGCCUACCGCCUUCGUGGGCUUUGGAAAGAAUCGUUCGACUCUUGUAUAGUCCUGCUGUUUUCGAUCAUCAAGUUAGAUCUGUUCUACCUGAUGGUGAUAGCUUUAUUAAUAGCUUGCAUGAGCGCAUGAAAGUGUAUGCUAGACAUUCUGUUUAUAUUACUCGUAUGAGGGAAACUCCCAAUCUCACCCAACGCAUUUAUGUUUGCUGUGCAUGUUUGACUACAUCACAUCACGGUUUCGGAGAUGUAAGAAAACACAUAUUAGGCGUUCAUGCUCAUGUUCCAGAACGUUUCAAAUCUGCAGCUAUGUGUUCUAGUAGGUUGAAUAGAGACGAUUAUUUCCUGUAUACUGAUAGCCAACUCCUAAUGUUAGCUAAUUCUCCUGGGCGUAACGCGAAUAUAUCAGCUUUGGGAGUUGCAUCUAACAAAACCCUAUCACAAACAAAUCACAAUCCAGGAUCUCAGAAACAUCGCCAAAACGAUUCGGAAUGUGUGUCUCCUCAAAACACUCCUUGUAGAAAAAGACGGUUUUCUGGAACUGAAAGUGACUCCAUCGAUCUUGGUAUUAAACCAGAAUCCUCUAGUCAAAUUUCAUAUGAUGAAACUCAACAUACUGCUCAUUUAAACGGACAUGCUGCAUUCUCUCCUGACGUAGCUACAAAACCCUAUGAAGAACACCGUCCUCCAAUUAUCCUUACUAUACCACGUCCUAAAGCUUUUCAUCCAUCUGAUCAACCAGAUGAUUUACCUGGUCGAUUAUCCUCUAUGAAUGCAACGAAACCUAUUGAUGAGUAUAUAAAUCCAGACAAUGCUUACUCAUCAUCUGGUUCACGUAGUAGACGUUCAAUGAUUCUUAAAUCAAAGCGUCCAUGCCCGACAUCCACGUAAACAAUUUUUCUUAUCUGUCUCAUAUUAUAUAUGCUUAGUAUGUUAUGCUACACACAUCUCCUACUCAUCUUGUACAUAUAAACAUACAUGAUUAUUAUUUAACAGGAAUUGUAUUAACAAAAAUGAAUACCUCAAAUCAUAAAAAAAAUAUUACCCGCAAAUGCAUUAUUAGUUAUUAAAACUUGUUUGUAUAACAAAUGUUUCAUAACUUUUUUUCUGAAUUUUACCUUUUUUUAUUUAAUGACAUUGUUUUGUAAUGCGUUUAAAGCAACAGUAUAAAUUAUAACUACAUACCCUUUUAUAUUCGGUUUAUAUUUAUAUAUCAUACUAGUAAUGUUCUCCUUACUUAGUGAACAAUCUAGAGAAAGUAAUUCAUCAGAUCAGUGAUGUAUUGAUGUUAAUGUGAAUUUUUUCGCAGAAAUAAUUUCAUGUGUUCUUUUAUGUUCCAACAUUUCACUUUAAUCUUCACUUAUAACACACACACUUCUCCCUUAAAUUCUUUCAGGCACGCCCUCCGACUUCUUUUGUUCUGCUGAUAUCGUAUUAUAUAUAUGACAUUCCAUUCUACACUUUUUGUUAAUUUGUAUGUAUGUUCAUGUAUUAGUCCUUCUCUCAAACAAAAACUGAUAAUUUUGUGAUCCUCUUGGCGAUUCGACGAAUUGGACUUUGUUUUCCUUGUGAAUUCUAAAUCCAAAAUUUUUAUUAAUCACUUGGAUUACAUGUAAAUCAUAUAAGAAACCCUCUUUAGUAGACAAAAGUGUAAAUUUCAAUUUGGUCUAACAGCCUAAAUUAAUAUGAUAAAAUAAGAAUCUCAUCUAAUUGUUAUGCACUAUCACGAAAA